AUGUUGUCUUCUCCCAGCGUCACAACAUUUCUUCUCGUUCUUCUGCUCUGUUUUCUGACCUCUAUCCCGUCCCCUGCCUCCGCCGCAACCGAUUUCGACUUCGGGACUCUUACCCUCAGCAGCUUGAAGCUCAUAGGCGACGCCCACUUGAACAAUGGCAGCGUCCGCCUCACCCGCGACCUCGCAGUCCCCAACUCCGGCGCGGGAAGAGCUCUCUACACCAAGCCAAUCCGGUUCCGACAACCCGGGACCCACUCCAUCACGAGCUUCUCCACCUUCUUCUCCUUCUCGGUGACCAAUUUAAACCCCUCCUCGAUCGGCGGCGGGCUGGCUUUCCUCAUUUCCCCUGUCCCCGACUCGAUCGGCGCCGCCGGCGGAUGUCUCGGCCUCUUCAGCGGCGAUGGGCUCGCCGCUGGGUUCGUGGCAGUCGAGUUCGACACGCUGAUGGAUGUUGAGUUCAAGGACAUCAAUGGCAACCACGUCGGGUUGGAUCUCAACAGCAUGGUUUCGUCUCAGUCCGGAGAUCUGGACUCGGUCGACAUCGAUCUCAAGAGCGGCGAUCUCGUCAAUGCCUGGAUCGAUUACGACGGGCCGGGUCGGGUUCUGGAGGUCUCGGUUUCGUACUCGAAUCAGAAGCCGAAGGAGCCGAUUCUGUCGGCGGGUCUCGAUCUGGAUCAGUACGUCGACGACUUUAUGUACGUCGGCUUCUCCGGGUCGACUCAGGGGAGCACCGAGAUUCACAGCGUCGAGUGGUGGAGCUUCACCUCUCUGUUCGACUCAACGCCGCCGGGUAACGGCGGCGCAAGUCCGGGUCCAACCGCCGCCUCAGCUCCGCCACCGCCGCCGCCUCCUCCAUCGAUUACUCUGCUCAGCCCGGCUGCUGAUUCCGUCAAAUCCCCACCGCCGUCAUUGCCCCCAACUGGCCCCAAAUCAAUUAGCAGCAAUCAGGGGAAGAGCAGCAAACCGUCCUCCUCCUGCCACAACAAUCUCUGCAAAAAGGGACCAGGGGCGGUUGCCGGAGUUGUAACCGCCAGCGCAUUUCUCGCCGUGUUCGCCGGGGUCCUCCUCUGGGCGUUUUCCAAGCGAGUCAAGAAGGUGAAGAAAAAAUCGGAGUCGUUCGCGUCGGAGGUAAUCAAAAUGCCCAAGGAAUUCACCUACAAGGAGCUCCGAUUGGCGACGAACAGCUUCAAUUCGAAUCGAAUCAUCGGCCACGGCGCCUUCGGCACCGUCUACAAGGGCAUCGUGACGGAGACCGGCGACAUUGUCGCCGUCAAGCGAUGCUCCCACAACAGCCAGGGGAAAACCGAAUUCCUCUCGGAGCUCUCCAUCAUCGGAACCCUAAGGCACCGGAAUCUCGUCCGAUUGAUCGGCUGGUGCCACGAGAAGGGCGAGAUUCUGCUAGUCUACGAUUUGAUGCCCAACGGAAGCUUGGAUAAAGCCCUGUUCGAAUCCAGAAUGAUCCUCCCAUGGUCGCACCGCCGGAAAAUCCUCCACGGCGUCGCGUCGGCGCUGGCCUACCUCCAUCAAGAAUGCGAGAAUCAGGUCAUCCACAGAGACGUCAAAUCCAGCAACAUCAUGCUCGACGAAGGGUUCAACGCCAGGCUCGGAGAUUUCGGCUUAGCUAAGCAAGUAGAACACGACAAAUCCCCCGACGCCACGGUGGCGGCCGGGACGAUGGGGUAUUUGGCGCCGGAGUAUCUCCUCACCGGUAGAGCCACCGAGAAGACCGACGUGUUCAGCUACGGCGCGGUGGUACUGGAGGUCGCGAGCGGCCGGAGGCCGAUCGAGAAGGAUGCGGCGGCCGCGGCCGCCGCUAACGGUAACGGCAACUUGGUGGAGUGGGUGUGGGGGCUACACCGUGAAGGGAGGUUGUUGACGGCGGCUGACCCGAGGCUGGAAGGUGAAUUCGAGGAGGGAGAGAUGAUGAAGGUUCUGUUGGUGGGCCUGGCCUGCUCGCAUCCGGACCCGUUGGUCAGGCCCAUGAUGAGGAACGUGGUCCAGAUGCUGGCCGGAGAGGCGGAGGUGCCGGUGGUCCCCAGGGCGAAACCGACGAUGAGUUUCAGUACGUCGGAUUUGUUGCUGAACUUGCAGGACAGCGUCUCCGACUGCAACGACGAAGCCGCCAUGAUUACGCUCUCCACUUCUUCGUCGUCCGACGGCAGCUUCGGCGGGCACCACUUGGUAUGA